AUGAUCGAGACGCUGAAGUGCCGGGGCGACAAUGCCUACAAGGUGCCCCACCAGGCCAAGGAGAAACAAGCGCGGCAAGGACGCCUACCUGAAAGCUUGCUUGUCAAGAGCGAGCUGGACGCCGUCGAUCGUACCGCAAUGGAGCGGGUCGUUGCUGAAGAGCUGCAUGAGGCGCGCUGCAUGGACGAGCUGGCACAAGAGCUCGAACGAAUUGCCCUGAGUGACAACGAAACGAUGGAUGAGUUGAUGGCUGAGAUUGGACUUGACCCAACUCAGCCAUCUUAG